AUGUCGUCGGCCUUUGAACUUCUGUCCACCCUGCAAGUCCUCAUUAAGCUGGGAUCGGAAAUCAAAACCCGAGUCGACUCCAUCCCCCGGGCUGCCGAAGAUCUUCAACUGCUGGACACUGAGCUAAGACUCUUAGUGACCUUGUUUCAGAACCCCGCCAACAAGGACAUCCCUCUCAUGUCAGAGUUUGUCAUUAUCCCACAUGUCCCGGAAAGCAUUGCGGAUUUGUGUACAAAAUUCGCAAUGACCUUGGACAUCGACCUUGCUGCUGGAGCGACAAUGGCGACAAAGACAGGACCGCAUGGCAAGAGAUUUGUCAAGCGCAUGUGGGCUUUGAUAUACAGCACAAUAUCUGCCGUGAUUCUCCACAACAUGGCAACAGCGCAACAGAAACAGAUGAGUCGGGGGGAAAUUCUCAAACCCGCCCACGUCACACAAACAAAUGUAUAUGGAAACUUGCUUCACCUGGACCUCAGCACGGGUUCUGGCAACAUCGACCAGAUGGUGGGAAGCCUCAUAAAGGAAUGCCAAAACCUUCGGAACCGACUCCAGGAGGCUAUCCUAUUUCCUGACACGUCGGCUAUUCAAGACUAUCAAGCAUGCAACUCAGAAGGAGCAUCAUUUUGGAGAGACCGCUUCCAAAAAGACCAACUCAACGCCUCAGCUCUCCGUUACGAGUCGUUGUAUGUUUCUUGGGCAAGAUUCGUACACGAUGUAGAAACGUGCUUCGUUCUCAAAAAGAUACCGACCGGGAUUCUCGCCACUGGAAACAUCGAUGCCGUUCACGAGCAAGGAUCUCGCUACGGCCUCGACCAAAUGGGCACACGUCGCCCUUCCACUAUCCGGCCGCUCUGGCUCCCGGCUCUUCGGUCUGCUCUCGAUCCGCUGCACAAGGGUUACGUCAAGCCUCGAGACUUUUUCAGCCUUAUUCGCGACUCCUCCUUGUGUGAUACACUUAGAAGAUUGGCCCUCCAAAUCGCAGGCUAUGGCAUACUUGUCGAAUGCGAAAGGGCACCUGGUGAUCUUCCAUUACCGGCCACAAUCGAGUCACCUUCUGACCAUGUCGGCUGGAUCUCCGCCCAAAUUAUUGCCGUUCCGACAUCUGACGAACUUGGAAUCGUUUCCGAACGAGAGGUCAUGGAAGCAAGCGGCGACGCCUUCUUUACUCACUUCAACGAUAUUUCUCAAGACUUCAAGGUUUACGUUCGUUAUCUUCAAACAGGUCAAAUCGAGCGCAAGAGUCUCUCGAAGCAACUACGUCCGAUUGGGGGCAUUUGUGUUGGUGCUGCAUUGUCUAUCCGGCAUGAGCUGGAAUCGGGUCAACAUGCCUGGAGCUGCGACCUUCACGUCACCGAGUUCAAGGCAUGUCAUGGAGGAGACGAUGACAACAACUCCUCAAGUUCUAGCUUACCAGAAGUUGACUGUGCGCUGCUGGGACCGUCCAAGGUAUUUGUCGACCCGCCAAAGGUUGGCGAAAAGAUUCAGGUCGAGCAUGACGGAUUUUGGUACGAUUCGAGAGUCACGGUAGUGGAUGGCGAUGAGAUAGAGUAUGUCGAUUGGGACACUUUACCGAAGCAAGGCGCAACCGAUAUGCCAGAAGCUCAGGACGGUGAACAGGAUGACGAAGAUGGUGACGUCUUUUCCCUUUCCGAAGAGCUGUUGAGGCAAUUCGGCAAGGGCACGCGGCGGCUGUGGCGACCGUGGCAAAGAAGUAUUAAAAGGUACGAUGUCCGGCCGUAUCGCUGCUUUCAUAUCGGCGACUCUGUCGAGGCACCGGUCAUGUACCCGGAUUUUCGAUUACAUUACCAUACUCUCGAUGACUCGCAUCUCUACCUCCCUGCUCGAAUCGUCGACGUUCAGGGUGACGAGUAUGUAGUUGAAUUCAGCCCGGCGCUUUCGGCCCACGAAUGGUGGCCAGGGAGGAUGCCAAAGGGUACGAAAAUAGAUGCACUGCCAGGAUCAGGCGUCAAGGUAGAGAACCCGUUUGACUUUAAUCGUGUGACGUUACACACGGAUCGAGUUCGCCCUUUCGUCGCCGGCCCACGACCGGUUUUGGGCAUUCAGUCAGCGAAGCCGGCUGGGUGGAGCUCAUUUCAGGGCGUUCAUCUCAGCAAUCUCGAGGAUCUAUUGGAGCGGAGACUUUGGAACAACGACCGCGACAGUCAACCAACGGGCGGCCAGGCGGGCGGCCAGAGAGACUGGAGAAUGUUUGACGGGGAGAAAUAG